GUUCUUCUCUUCACUGCACGCUCUUGCCACUCUUCUUUUCUCUCCUGCCCGUGUUCUUCCUGCCGCCUGACCUGGCCCGCCCGCCUUUCCAGUCUGGCCGGGCGGGGGCCUGAAGCACGGCGGCUCGGGCCGUGGGACCGUGGUCACACCCUUUCCAGAAAUUCUUGGCUGGUAACCGCGAAACCGACUGGAGCAGGAGCUGGGAGAACUGGAGAAAACUGCUCUAAUCUCACUUGACUCCAGCUAGGAGCUGAUGCUGCAUCGUAAUAACAUUUGCAGAGCGCUUUCACAGGCCCUGGAGUGACUUGUCUGAGAUUCCUCCAGAACUGAGCCCUUUGUUGGAACCAUACCCCAGCCCAUGGUCCCAUGACUAGGUGGAUAGUACUCCUUGUACCUCCUGCAACCCAGAACCCUGGCUGACCACUUUGAAGGAGGAUGCUCCAGCAGUGCCUUUUACUCAUCAUCAAGAAACUCUUCCUGAUACCUAAUUUGAAUCUGUCUUGUGGUUUUUAGCUCCUUUCUUUGGGACAGUGUUGCCAGGCACUGGGCUGAGGCAGAUGUUGAGGUUGGUGCUUGCCCUCAAGGAGCUCAGAGUCUAGUGGAGUCUUGGGUAGGUAAGUGCCUGACCUCAGCAAGGUAGCAGCCAGGUGUGGGGCCUGCCAGCAUCAAGGGAGCCAUAGUAGACACCGCAGCUUGACCUUCCAGCCAUAUGGCUCCUGGAACAGGUUUGAAGGUCAAUGGCCACAAUCCGGGGUCUGAUGGCCAAGCCAGGGAGUACCUCAGAGAAGACCUGCAGGAGUUCCUGGGUGGGGAGGUCCUGCUGUACAAGCUGGAUGACCUCACCAGGGUGAAUCCUGUGACACUAGAGACAGUCCUGAGGUGCCUGCAGGCCCGGUACAUGGCAGACACAUUCUACACCAAUGCUGGCUGCACCCUGGUAGCCUUGAACCCCUUCAAGCCUGUUCCUCAGCUCUACUCGCCUGAGCUAAUGAGAGAGUACCAUGCUGCGCCUCAGCCCCAGAAACUGAAGCCCCAUGUGUUCACUGUGGGUGAACAGACCUACAGGAAUGUCAAGAGCCUGAUUGAACCAGUCAACCAGUCUAUUGUUGUCAGUGGAGAGAGUGGUGCUGGAAAGACAUGGACGUCUCGCUGCCUGAUGAAUUUCUAUGCUGUGGUGGCCGCCUCACCUGCAUCUUGGGAGAGCCACAAGAUUGCAGAGAGGAUAGAACAGAGGAUCCUGAACUCCAACCCUGUCAUGGAAGCUUUUGGGAAUGCGUGUACACUGAGGAAUAACAACAGCAGUCGCUUUGGGAAGUUCAUCCAGCUCCAGCUGAACAGGGCUCAGCAAAUGACUGGAGCCGCAGUCCAGACCUACCUCCUAGAGAAAACUCGAGUGGCCUGCCAGGCUUCCAGUGAGAGGAACUUCCACAUCUUCUAUCAGAUUUGCAAAGGAGCCAGUGAGGACGAGAGGCUCCAGUGGCACCUUCCUGAGGGAGCUGCCUUCUCCUGGCUGCCCAACCCAGAGAGGAGCUUAGAAGAGGAUUGUUUUGAGGUGACCAGAGAGGCCAUGCUCCAUUUGGGCAUUGACACCCCUACCCAGAACAACAUCUUUAAGCAGGAGGGGAUAGAUAGGAUGGCCUGGCAGUCGAGAAAGGGAGGCCACUUCAGGGAGGUAGCAAUGCAGUGGAAAGUGACCCUCACCUCCAGAUGGGGGCUGCUCAGACACUGCCAGGUCCUAGCUGGACUGCUGUACCUUGGCAAUAUCCAGUUUGCUGCCUCCGAGGAUGAAGCCCAGCCCUGCCAGCCGAUGGAUGAUGCCAAGUACUCUGUCAGGACGGCAGCCUCGCUGCUGGGGCUCCCAGAGGACAUGCUGCUGGAGAUGGUGCAGAUUAGAACCAUCAGGGCAGGCAGACAGCAGCAGGUGUUCCGGAAGCCCUGCGCCCGAGCCGAGUGUGACACCCGUAGAGACUGCCUGGCCAAACUGAUCUAUGCGCGGUUGUUUGACUGGCUAGUAUCAGUGAUCAACAGCAGCAUCUGUGCAGACACCGACUCGUGGACCACUUUCAUAGGCCUGCUGGAUGUGUAUGGAUUUGAAUCAUUCCCUGACAACAGUCUGGAACAGUUGUGCAUCAACUACGCCAAUGAGAAGCUGCAGCAGCAUUUUGUGGCUCACUACCUAAGGGCCCAGCAGGAGGAAUACGCAGUUGAGGGCCUGGAGUGGUCAUUCAUCAACUACCAGGACAACCAGCCCUGUUUGGAUCUCAUUGAGGGAAGCCCCAUCAGCAUCUGCUCCCUCAUAAAUGAGGAAUGCCGCCUCAAUCGACCCAGCAGCGCAGCCCAGCUCCAGACACGCAUUGAGACUGCCCUGGCAGGCAGUCCCUGCCUGGGCCACAAUAAGCUCAGCCGGGAGCCCAGCUUCAUUGUGGUGCAUUAUGCGGGGCCUGUGCGGUACCACACAGCAGGCCUGGUGGAGAAGAACAAGGACCCUAUCCCACCUGAGCUGACCAGGCUCCUGCAGCAAUCCCAGGACCCCCUGCUUAUGGGGCUGUUUCCUACUAACCCCAAAGAGAAGACCCAGGAGGAACCCCCUGGCCAGAGCAGGGCCCCUGUGUUGACCGUGGUGUCUAAGUUCAAGGCCUCACUGGAGCAGCUUCUGCAGGUCCUACACAGCACCACGCCCCACUACAUUCGCUGCAUCAAGCCCAACAGCCAGGGCCAGGCGCAGACCUUCCUCCAAGAGGAGGUCCUGAGCCAGCUGGAGGCCUGUGGCCUCGUGGAGACCAUCCAUAUCAGUGCUGCUGGCUUCCCCAUCCGGGUCUCUCACCAAAACUUUGUAGAACGAUACAAGUUACUAAGAAGGCUUCAUCCUCGCACAUCCUCUGGCCCCGACAGCCCAUAUCCUGCCAAAGGGCUCCCUGAAUGGUGUCCACACAGCGAGGAAGCCACGCUUGAACCUCUCAUCCAGGACAUUCUCCACACUCUGCCAGUCCUAACUCAGGCAGCAGCCAUAACUGGUGACUCGGCUGAGGCCAUGCCAGCCCCCAUGCACUGUGGCAGGACCAAGGUGUUCAUGACUGACUCCAUGCUGGAGCUUCUGGAAUGCGGGCGUGCCCGGGUGCUGGAGCAGUGUGCCCGCUGCAUCCAGGGUGGCUGGAGGCGACACCGGCACCGAGAGCAGGAGCGGCAGCGGCGGGCCGUCAUGCUCAUCCAGGCAGCCAUUCGUUCCUGGUUAACUCGGAAACACAUCCAGAGGCUGCAUGCAGCUGCCACAGUCAUCAAGCGUGCAUGGCAGAAGUGGAGAAUCAGAAUGGCCUGCCUUGCUGCUAAAGAGCUGGAUGGUGUGGAAGAAAAACACUUCUCUCAAGUUCCCUGUUCCCUGAGCACCUCGCCGCUGCAGACCAGGCUCCUGGAGGCAAUAAUCCGCCUCUGGCCCCUGGGACUGGUCCUGGCCAAUACGGCUAUGGGUGUAGGCAGCUUUCAGAGGAAAUUAGUGGUCUGGGCUUGCCUCCAGCUCCCCAGGGGCAGCCCCAGUAGCUACACUGUCCAGACAGCACAAGACCAGGCUGGUGUCACGUCCAUCCGAGCGCUGCCUCAGGGAUCGAUAAAGUUUCACUGCAGAAAGUCUCCACUGCGGUAUGCUGACAUCUGCCCUGAACCUUCGCCCUACAGCAUUACAGGCUUUAAUCAGAUUCUGCUGGAAAGACACAGGCUGAUCCACGUGACCUCUUCUGCCUUCACUGGGCUGGGGUGAUCCUUGGUGCCUUUGUUUCCACAAGGCCUUUUCCUGCCCCCUGCCUUGCCAAAGACAUUUAAUCAGCACACAGCUGCCAGACUAUUCCCACAGUGCUCCAAAUGCACAUGAACAACAGUGACGGCUCCAGCCCUCGACCCAGAGCCCCGUGCCCAGUGCGUCAGUGGGCCUGGGGUUCCAGGCUACAUCAAGCACGGAUGGUGUCAGGGCUGGUAGUUACCAAACCAGGGUUAAGAAACAUCAGGGCCACAUUUCAUUACCUUCACAGAUCAAACUCAGCAGCAGUCAUGACUGUCUGUCACUACAUUGGGGAUCCCAAUUCCACAUAAGCACUUUUGGAAGAAAACAGCCAAAGUUGGCCUAAAAUUGGCGCUGGAAUUUGGGCUGGGAAAAAUCUUGUGGUUACUUUCUUUAAAAAGGAACAAAACUUUAGUAUUUAAUUAGUUGAUCUAUUUAAUGUAAUUUCAAACAAUUAAAUUAUGAAUAAUGCAAUGUACAGUAGAAUCACGUUUUGAUUUUAUUAACACUGACCAAGUUUAACUCCAUAUGAAGUGUAAGCUUGGUAUCGUUUAUGAUGUCUAUCAACUGUACCAAAAGUAAAACAUUUAAAAACAA